AUGGCAUACAACAAAGCGUUCAAUCCCGAUGCCUUGCCUGCUCACGCAGAGCCCGAGCAGGCUGCGCAAGCCCUCAGUCAACUUGAAGCAAAUCGUAAACCACUCCGUCAAAGCCCAAAUCAAGCUCCUUUGAAUCCAAUCUCUCAGCAGCCUCCGUCAGCUGCUGGCCGUCGUCCUCCCUCUGCGGGUAUCCCUCAAAAUUCCUAUCGACCACCUCCUGUGCAAAUAAACCCACAGCAACGUCCUAUACACAAUCAACCUUACGGUGACAACCACUAUUCCCGCUUACAAUCACCCCCUCCAACGAGCUACGGCUACGCGCCUCGGCCCCCAGUUGAUCCUGCCAGUGCGCGACGGACUUCGCAGGAGACAAACCAAUAUCCAGCCAGGACGCCGGCACCUCAAGACCCAGACACAGUUGACUUGCAGCCUCUUUUCCGUGCUGCAAAUGCAUCGGGGACUGGAUCACUCACGACCACUGAGCUGGGAUCAGCCUUGGUGAAUGCUGACUUCACCCCAUUUGACAGCCGAACCAUCUCUUCGUUGAUGCGCAUGUUCACAAACUCUCCUCCCAACCAGCCGCAAGGCCCAACCAUCACCUACCAAGAGUUUGAAAAUCUCUGGCGCUUCCUUGCCGCCUGGCGCACACUUUUCGAGAAAUUUGAUGAGGAUAGGAGUGGCCGAAUAUCACUGGCAGAGUUCUCCAAGGCCCUGACGGCGUUUGGAUAUCGGUUGUCCGCGCCUUUCAUAAACAUCCUCUACAACACCUUCAACGAUCGGAGUCCCAUCCAGAAUCAAGGCAUGAGCUUUGAUCUGUUCGUACAGUCGUGCAUCAGUCUGAAAAGGAUGACCGACGUCUUCAAGAAAUAUGACGAUGACCGAGACGGUUAUGUGACGAUGAGCUUCGAGGAGUUCCUAACCGAGAUUCUGCGAUUGCGGGACUAA